AUGAAGUAUGAAAGAUUUACUGAGUAUGUUUUCAGUUUUAUCAGAAGAUUUCUAUUUUAUUCUGCUUUCGUAUUUAUUUUCCCCUUGCUUUUUUUCGAUGUUAUCGAAUUACAACAUCAUUAAUACUUAGAGGAUGAUAAUUAUUCAAAACUUAUAAAGCAAAUCGAUCAAUUACCCAACUAUUAAAGAGAAUCAAUCUCAGCAUAUCUAAAUAAUGAAUUCUCACUACAAUAUAAAAUUAUAUUCUUGAUUCCAUUAUUAUUCGUUGCCAAAGAGCUUUAAGAAAUAUACUAUAAAGAUCUUGAAGAAUCAUAAAUAGCUUAAAUUGGUCUUAGCAGUAAUGCACCCCCUCCUCCUUUGGUUUUGUAACCUAAACUUAUUUCUGAAUAUGUUCCUUAAAAAAAUGAAGAAAUUUUGCAGAUUGAAAGUUUUUACAGAAAUCAAAACUAAUUUGAAUAAAUUAAAUUGAACGAUGAGGUUAAGAAUAGUAAUAGUAAAUCCAACUAAACAGAUUUAAUAAAUAAAUUAUAGUUUGUAAUUCAUUAAAUUAUAUUAGACAAUUGAUGGUAAAUAAAAUAAAAUUUGCCUAUCUGAAUAUAGCAACAAAUAAUUAGCAAAGGCUAGGCAUUUAGGAAGAGUUCCUGAGUAAGAUAGCGAGCCUCGUUCGUUUAACCCUGCAAGAACUCAAACUGUUAAAGACUUGUAUUUCACAUAAGAUACAGAAAAUACACAAAUUAAAAUUGAUAAUCUAAUUAACACAAAAAUAAAUUUGAUCUUAAUCGAAAUUUCAAUUUAAAAACUAAGUUUUGGUUACCUUGUUGGUGUUUAAGAGAGUUUUAAAAUUGCAAUUCUCAUUAUUGCCUUAUCAUCAUUAUUGGAAAUUAUUUUAUUUAGUGAUUGGAUGUUAUUUAGUAAUCUUAUUUAUAUAUUAAAGUCAGUAGGCCAUUGAUGGGCACUUAUUUGAUGCUAUUUUAUAUACUAUUUUUGAUUUCUAUGUUUAUUGGAAUCUAUGCAUAGGAAAUACUAAUAAAAGUUUGCUAUUGUUUGCUCAUUAUGUAUUGCCUAAAAUCGGUUAAAAAUUUGAUUGAAUCUUAAACAAUGAAGUCAGUGUUGGUUAAAUCAGGAAUUUCUCUAUUUAUUUUGUUAACAAUUGAAUUAUUGUUUUAUUUGAAAUGA